CUGAUACCAGUGCCGUCGAACAGCACGCCAAGUGUGCGACGCGAGUGAGGACGGUUGCGCGAUAGCAGAGUUAUGGUGGUGGAGUGUGCGCGCAUCAGACAGACCCGCACCGCGGUACUAACUAGGCAGGACCGGCGACCGUUGCGAGCACAGUCUACGAUCGGACAGGGACCCAAACGGAGGUAGGCCAUCGCAGAGUGGACAACUCCUUUCCAGCUCGAAGUGCUACCCCCGCCACCGCGAUACUAGAAGCUACAAAUAGUGCCUGUGUAUAAAAACUUCCAUUCCAGCAGUACUAAAAGUUAGUAAAGUCUGAAGUGUCUAAGUACACCAGAGUAAAGUGAGUCACGAAACAAACAAAAAAUACUUAAAAGAUAGCUGUGUUGAGUGUAGUAGUACCCGAAUUGCCUUGGCUGUACGUGUUUAGUGAGCAGUUUCGACCAGUGAAUGCAGCAAACCCUUCUGAAGUGACCCACAGAGCGAGAUAAUGGGCAACGGAACGAAAAUCACCCAGCAACGGCAGCCGGAAGAGGAUCGGGCCGAUCUAGCAUCCACUGUGGAGGAGGAGGAACGCGAGCAGCUGACCGCCCCCUCCAAUCUGCACUACAUUCAGCCGAGCUUCAUUUCGCUCAUAAGCGAAAAGCAAUGGAAACCGGACGUGGAAAGGGCGCAGGACGUGCCGGUGUAUGGAAGGACCACGAUGGCCACGACGAUACUGACGCAGGAAGCGCACACGAACGGGGCCCGCAUGCAGCUGAUCAUGAGCAUACUGGCGAACCUGACCGUACUGUCGUCCGGUAUGGGGCUGGGAUAUUCGGCCAUUACGCUGCACGCGCUUACCAGCGAGGACAAUCCGAUGCGUAUGAACUCCAGCCAGGCAUCAUGGUUCGCAUCCAUCAGCUCGUUCGCGUGCCCCCUGGGCGGGCUCGUUUCCGGCUACCUGCUGGAUCGCAUCGGGCGCAAGAAGACGCUCAUGCUUAUCAACGUACUCUCGAUCGUGUCCUGGGCGCUGAUCGCCGUCUGCAGCACGACCAACUUUGAUCUGAUGUACACCCAGAUCCUGAUCGCGCGUGUCAUCAUCGGCAUUGUCAUCGGUUUGGUAAGCGCACCGGCCUCGAUCUACUCGGCUGAAAUCGCGACGCCGAAGAUGCGCGGACGACUAACCGUGCUAACGUCGCUCAGCAUUGCCGUCGGCAUCCUGCUCAUCUACUCGAUGGGCUACGCCGUACCGGACGAUUUCCGGCUGGUGGCUGGGCUGGCGGCCGGCAUCUGCGUACUGUCGCUCGCCCUGCUGCUCUUCAUGCCCGAAUCGCCCGCCUGGCUAAUGUCGAAGGAUCGCGAGGAGGAAGCGGAACGAUCGCUCAAGAAGAUCCGCGGCUACGGUGCGUACAGCCAGCGCAUCCCCGAGGUGGAGAAGGAGCUGAUGCGCAUGCGCGACAACGUGCUCGCUCAGCGCCGUGCCGGGCAGGAAAGCUUCCUGCGCCUGCUGAAGCAACCGCAGGUGUAUAAGCCGCUCGGUAUCAUUAUCGGCUUUUUCGGCUUCCAGCAGUUUUCCGGCAUCUUUGUGAUCGUGGUGUACGCGGCAAAGGUGUCCUCGGAGGCGAGCGUCUCGAUGGAUCCGUUCCUCUGCACGGUGCUGAUCGGGAUAACGCGCGUCGUCGCGACCAUGCUGGUGGCGUACAUCCUGGACACGCUCGGCCGCAAACCACCGUCCAUCUUUUCCGGCGUCGGCAUGCUGGUGUGCAUGUUUGGGCUGGCACUGUGCAGCUACUUCCCACCGAUCCAGUCGCUCAACUGGAUUCCGACCGUGCUGAUCCUGACGUACAUCUUUACCAGCACACUCGGCUUUCUGACCAUGCCGUUCUCGAUGCUGGCGGAGCUGUUCCCGCAAGCGGUACGUGGGCCUGCCUCCGGUGUGACCGUGUUCUUCACCUACCUGAUGUCGUUCUGCACCAUCAAGCUGUACCCGACGAUGGUGGAGCUGCUCGGCAGUGCGAACGUGUUCCUCAUCUACGGUGCCGUCUCGCUGCUCGGCGUCCUGUACGUCAUCUACAUCGUGCCCGAGACGAAGGGCAAAUCGUUGCAGGAGAUUGAGGAUUACUUCCGCGGCAUGUCGCACGGUUCCACGCCCUCGCAGGAGGUGGAGGAGGACGAGGUGAGCAAUCUGUCGUCGGAGAGCGGCAACGCACUGGAAGCGAUGGAUUUGGUGGACAGUUUCGCACCAGGAUUGGCGGAAAGUGACCGUUGGAUGGUGUUCCGCCUUCAGCAACUCCAGCUGAUCGAGCUGAUACGGGCUGGUUCGGUCGAAGAUGCGCUCCACUACGCACAAACGGUGCGAUGGGAAUGUCCAGGACGUACGCAGCAAGUGGCAAGUGAGAUUGAGCGUACCAUGACACUGCUGUUGACGUUGCCACAGACUCGUGGCACGGACCCGUCCAGUUCGUUUAGUACGUUACUGGAGCAGCAGCAUCGAGAUCAAGUCGCACGAACAGUCAACGAGGCACUACUGCUCUGGGAUAAUCGGGAAUUACCCUCCGCGCGGAUGGAGCAUCUCUUCAAGCUGAUACUAUGGGCACAGGCCGAACUGGAAAGGAAGAUGGUUCAGUUCAGCAAGCUGAAAAAUAUGGCCGAAGCUACAUUUGAGCUGAUCAUCCUCAGUAGGCCCUGCCGCCGGCGGCUGACUCAUCAGGAGCAGAGUAAACGUGACACGAAAAUUAACAAAAAAGACGUGUUAAAUCUAUCACAAAUUAGCAGACGGGGAAAAAUAGAUCCACCGACCAUAUUUUGCGCCGACCGUGUGUGUGUGUGUGUUGCUGGAAACCAGCCAAGCCUGAACGGAGCAAUAAACACAUCGCCAAGCCAAGCCCUGCGCCAGCAGCCUGGGUGGACAUCACACACACACCACACCAUGAGCGGCAAAGAUACGGCCGAGGUGGAGGCCGCCCUGACCGGAAAACAACCGCAAUCGCCCUCGAAAAGCCCCACGCAUGCCGUCCUGACGCAGCUGACGCGCCGUGCCGCCAUCGUGCAGAUCGUGACGGCCGUCGUCGCCAACAUUACGAUCAUCUCGUCCGGCAUGGGCAUCGGCUUCCCGUCCAUCGCCAUGAUCGAGCUGACGAACUCGACCACCUCGGUGGUGCUGACGGAAUCGGACGCCACGUGGUUCGCAUCCAUCACGUCGAUUAUGUGCCCGUUCGGGGGGCUGCUUUCCGGCUACCUGCUCGACAAGGUCGGGCGCAAAAAAACGCUCUACUUUAUCAACAUCAUAUCGAUCGUUUCCUGGGCCAUCAUGUCGUUCGCGAGCCGCACCGAUAGUGCGACCCUCUUUAUCCAGCUAAUCGUGGCCCGUAUAAUUAUAGGCAUUGCGAUAGGCUUAUCUAGCACUCCAGCAUCGGUGUACGCGGCCGAGGUCGCCCAUCCAAAUCUUCGCGGGCGCCUCACGCUGCUGACCGCUUUCUGUACCGCGAUCGGCAUGCUUAGUAUCUACACGCUCGGCUAUGUGUUCAAGAAUGAUUGGCGGUUCGUCUGUAUGAUCUGCGGCAUCUUUACCGUCGUGUCGCUGCUCACCGUCAUACCGCUGCCCGAGUCCCCAAGCUGGCUGGUGAGCAAGAAGCGCAUGCCGAAGGCGGAACGCUGCCUCAAGGUGGUGCGCGCCAUCAAGGAGGAGAAUCAUCCGGAGAUACGGGCCGAGCUGGAGGCGCUCGAGGACAACAUUGCCCGGUUCCGGUCGGCGCAGGAUGGCAAAAAGUCGAAGCUCGAUCAGCUGAAGAAGCCGGAAGUGUACAAACCGCUCGCCAUCAUGUGCACGUUCUUCUUUUUCCAGCAGUUUACCGGCAUCUUCGUCAUUAUCGUGUACGCGGCCAGCUUUUCGAUCGAGGCGGGCGUUGCGAUCGAUCCGUUCCUGAGUGCGGUGUUUGUGGGGCUGACGCGUGUCGUCACCACCGUGCUGAUGUCGUUCAUUUCGGACAAGUUCGGUCGCCGACCGCCGGCCCUGUUCUCUGGGUUUGGUAUGGCGAGCUGCAUGUUCGGGCUGGCGGUGUGUGCCAUCCAUCCGGUAAAGGGAACGUCGCUUAGCUGGAUCCCGACCGUGCUGCUGGUGGCGUUCAUCUUCACUGCGACGCUUGGCUUCCUUACGCUACCCUUCUCGAUGAAUGCGGAAGUGUAUCCGACCAAGAUUCGUGGCUUUGCGUCCGGGCUGACGAUCUUCUUCGGCUACACCAUGUCGUUCAUCAUCCUCAAGAUCUACCCCUCGAUGGUGGAAACGAUCGGUAACUCGAACGUGUUUAUCCUGUUCGGCUGCCUGUCCAUGCUCGGCAUUGCGUUCGUGUACUUCUUCCUGCCGGAAACGAAGGGCCGCACGCUGGAAGACAUUGAAAGCCAUUUCCGGGGCAAAAAGCAGUCGUCACCGGACAGCAAGCAGGAGGUGGAGAUGAAAACGAUGCUGAAAGCGAACGAAGCUGCCUAAGCGAACGUUUUGCAUUGAAAUGGGGAAGGUGCGGAACUGGCAACUGCCGAACAUCGCCCCACCGAACCAAACACUUCUUCUAAAAAGCAAAACACACACAAAAUGAACAACUCAAUGGAACCAUGAACUGUGAUAAGGCACCGGUACAUUAAAGAUUAUGUGCGAUUUGUUUCCUUUUUUCGCUUUUAAUUGUUGAACAAAAAAAAAGGCGACACGCAUUUCACUUAUGAAGCUCCACCACCACCUGCCGGUGUAGCUGCUGCCGGUCGAAUUAAAACGGGGCACGUUAGUUGGGGGAAGGGAGGGGCGUGAUAAAGAGGUAUAUCAACGAGACCACACCACACCACACUGCCUGCGAAACCCUCUGCGGUAGCCCAAACCAUUCUAAAGACGACAACGGGAGGUUUACUUACUAUAUCUACAACAAAACAAAACAAAACCGAGUGGGAAACAAAAUAUAUGCAAUCCAUCCCAGUUUACAAAGAUAAAGAGAAUUCGAAUCUAUCACAAAA